UUAUGCUAUUCAACAAGCUGUUAUUUUGAUGUAAUGUUCGGAGUGUACAGUGAUCAUGCGCCGCUAGAUCACAGUUAUGAACGUUUUGUUUAGAGCACUACGAGUGACAAUUGGCAGUCGAUUUUAUAGACAACAAUCUGUAAGCAUGAUACGGCGCACACAGAUUAAGAAAGUGCUUUGUGUUGCUGAGAAAAACGAUGCAGCUAAGGGCAUAGCAGAGCUCAUGUCAAACGGGAGAUCGAGAAGAAGAGAAGGCUACUCUGUUUACAACAAAAUAUAUGAGUACGAAUACCACCUCUUUGGUCAAAAUGCCACUGUAAGCAUGACAUCUGUGUCAGGACAUCUCUUGAGUCUCGAAUUCAAAGCUCCCUUUCAGAAAUGGCAUAGUUGUAAUCCAGUCCUGUUGUUUGAUGCUGAAGUGGAAAAGUACUGCCCUGAGAAAUUUAUACCCAUCAAAAGGGCUUUGGAGAGAGAGGUGAGACAAUGUCAAGCUCUGGUCAUUUGGACUGAUUGUGACAGAGAAGGAGAAAAUAUCGGCUUUGAGAUCAUUGAUGUUUGCAAAGCAGUGAAGCCAAACAUUCAGGUCUUCCGUGCACGGUUCUCUGAGAUCACCCCGAACUCCAUAAGGAGAGCCUGUGAGACCCUUACUGAGCCGGAUAUCAACGUCAGUGAUGCGGUGGAUGUGAGACAGGAGCUGGAUCUCCGCAUCGGGGCAUCAUUUACCAGGUUCCAGACAUUGCGCUUGCAGAAGAUAUUCCCAGAAUCUCUCUCUGAUCAGCUCAUCAGUUAUGGCAGUUGUCAGUUCCCGACCCUUGGCUUUGUGGUAGAGCGGUUUAAAGCCAUUCAAGCCUUCGUCCCUGAAACUUUCUUUAAAAUCAAAGUUGUCCAUGAGCCUAAUGAAGAGGAAUCGGUUGAAUUCAGCUGGAAAAGACAUCGUCUUUUCAGUCACACAGCAUGCCUUGUGCGCGCCGGAGUUCGAAUUAACUUAUAG